GAGGAUACUGCAACGUGUUCAUCCACAACAUCACCAGAUCAACUGCAAUCAGCGACAUCCAGUGGUCUGGCAACAAGUCGACCAUCAAACGCCACUGCCUGGAGUUCUAUGCUCGCUGCAGCCGCUACUGAUUCUAAACAAAUCGACAAAUUCAAACGGUUGAUGGGUAUAAAGAAAACAGAAGAAGGGAAUGACGAAAUCGAUGUGAAUCGACAACAAGCACUUUACAGUCAGUUAGAUCAGCAGUACGCUGUCGCCCGUUCGACGACCCAUUUGAGUCGUGGUCAAGGCCUUGGCUUUCAUUAA